AUGGGUACCGACGAACAGCAACCGGGUACCAAACCCGAAUUCCGCCGGUUCCUCACCGCCGCCGAGUACUUCCUAAGCGUCCGCCAGUUCGACGACUGCCGUACGUACGCCGUCCGCGCCCGUGAUUCCGACCCGAACCACCCUGCCCCGACCCAAAUCCUCUCCAUAGCCUCCGUCCUAUCCGCCCCGAACAUCUCCUCGACCCGACCCGACUACUACUCCGUCUUCAAUCUCCCCCACUUCGAGCCGGACUCUGCUCGAAUCAUGUCCGCCUUCAAAACCCUAGCCCCUAUUCUCAACCCGAAAGAUAACCCGUACCCGCUUUCGCCCGAGGCGUUUGCCGCCGUCCUGAGCGCGUGGUCCGUGCUGUCGAACCCUGCGAAGAAGGCGAUGUUCGACGACGAGUUGAGGAGGAGCCUCGACGCCGCCGCCGCCGCAGGCGGCGGCGGCGGCACUUUCUGGACGGUAUGCCCUUAUUGCUACUACGUCUACGAAUACGACAAGGCUUUCCAGGACUGCUCCUUGAGGUGCGCGAACGAGGGGUGCAGGAGAGUGCUGCACGCGGCGGCGAUAGCAGAGCCGCCGCCGCCGGAGGUGGUGGAGAAGGGCGGUUACUUGUGCCCUGGGUUUGUGCCGCUUGCAGUUCGCAACGAGGAAAUUGUUGGAGAGAAAUUGUGGGGCCCGUUUGCAAGGAAGGUGUUUGAUAACGGUUCUUCCGGCGACGGAGGAGGGCUUGUGGUUGAUAUCUCCGACGACGAAACUCCGUGUACCGAAGAAGAUGCUGAAAAUAAUUUUGAAAAAUUGGGAUUUCAGGAUCAUUGUAGUAGUGGUAAAAGGAAGCAAGUCGAAAGCAAAGAAGAUAGUGAUAAUUUGGAUGGCAAUGGUGGAAAAACCGAAAGCAGGGGUAUAAUCGGAAACGACCGUGCGUGUGUGGAGAGCGGUGAGAAGGGGGUGGGGAAGAGAAGGAAGAAAUCAGUACCGUGGAAUUCGAAGAAGUUGAUGGGAAGAGGGUUUAGAAUUGAGAGCAAUCAAGCUCGAUUCUUCGUUAAUGGAGAAAGGCAUCAUAAUAUGAAUGUGGAUGAAGUAUUUUUCGGUAAUAAUGUAGGGAGUAGUAGUGGAGUGGAGUUUUUUGAAAGGGGUGAUGAUGAUGAUGUUUUCGUUGGGCUAAAUCUCGAUUUUUGA